UCCCUCUGAGUCUGUUGGGAGUUGUAAUGAAUAUCGUCGGCCAGGCCAUGGUGACAGCGCAGACGGUCGGCAGCCUGACCGUUAAGGAACGGCGUAUCUUAACGGCCGUUAACGCGGGGGCGUCGGCCUUCUCUCUGGGAGGGUCGGCCUUCAUAGUUCUCUGCUACAUCCUCUUCAAAGAGCUCCGCAAGUUCUCUUUCAAGCUCGUCUUCUUCCUCGCUCUCUCCGAUAUGUUCUGCAGUCUCUUCAACAUUCUCGGGGAUCCGUCACAAGGAUUUUUUUGCUUCGCUCAGGGCUAUAGCACGCAUUUCUUCUGUGUGGCAUCAUUUUUAUGGACCACAACCAUCGCCUUCACUCUUCAUCGCACGGUCGUUAGGCAUAAAACAGAUGUAGAAGAUUUGGGGCCAGUGUUUCACUUGUAUGUUUGGGGAACUUCACUAGCUAUGACUGUCAUACGCUCUAUAGGCAAUGAUUAUGGAAGCUUAGGUGCCUGGUGCUGGCUGCAAACUGGAAGAACGGGAAAGGCAGCUCGUUCACCUCGCAACAUUUUACGCACCUCUGUGGGGAGCGAUUCUUUUCAACGGGUUUACAUACUUCCAAGUGAUUCGCAUGCUCAACAAUGCAACCCGUGUAUGUUAUAUAAUUCAUCUGCAAACAUAACUAACAAAGUAAUGGCAGUUGGCAUGUCAGACCGUUCACGACAACUUGAUGCAAGAGCAGACAUGAAGGCAUUAAACAGGUGGGGUUACUAUCCUUUGAUUUUAAUAGGAUCGUGGGCAUUUGGCACAAUCAACCGUAUUCACGACUUUAUAGAACCGGGCCAUGAAAUCUUUUGGCUCUCACUUCUUGAUGUUGGGAUGGCUGCACUCAUGGGCUUGUUCAAUUCAAUUGCUUAUGGGCUCAACUCCUCAGUGCGACGGGCUGUCUAUGAAAGGCUUGAUCUAUGGUGCCCUGAGAGACUCCGAAGAUGGCUACCAUCACACAUAAAGCUCAGAGGUCAACAGCAAGAAGAAAGCGAACUUGUUUUAUUGAAAGUCAUAGACGCCCAAUAACACCGACCAUAUCAUCCAUGUACUUCAAUUACAGUAGAUCACAUUCCCGCUAACAAGAUGCACAUGGAAUGGAGAAAAUUACCAAAACAUUCCCGGUGCUUCACGGCGUCCAAGCUUAAAGUUCUUGAAAUCACAAACAGUCUUAUCUAUCUCCCAUCAGGUCCUUCAUAGAUCCAUGUCUUUUCUCUGAUCUCGGCUUUGAAGUGAAUCGAACUCUUCUGAAGAAGGUUUCAUUGAUGGGUGUAUUUUAUGGGAAAUUUCUAAGAUGAUUCUUGACAAUAUGAAGGCAGAGAACUAAUUGCAAGGUGGAGCGAUCAUUAGUUGUUUGUUGAAAUUACAGAGGUGUGUUUUUGUAGGGUGCUGUAAAGAUCGGAGAGUUCGUGCAGCGAUCUGUUUGUAUUUGUGUUUGGAGUACGAAGUUUGGGAGGAUGUUGUUAAUGAAAAUCUUGGAUUUGAUGAAUGCCAAGUCACAGUUCCAAAAUCAGAUUGGGUAAGCAAUCCUAACCUCUGAUUCAUGAGUACUUGUUUGUUGAAA